CGCGGUGACUACCGCUUCCUGGUUGCGGGGCGGCGCUGAGGGCUGGGUUCAGCCGCCGCGAUGUUGCCCUACACCGUGAAUUUCAAGGUGUCGGCGCGCACCCUCACCGGGGCCCUCAACGCCUACAACAAAGCGGCGGUGGACUGGGGCUGGCAAGGUUUAAUUGCUUAUGGAUGUCAUUCGCUUGUGGUAGUGAUUGAUUCCAAUACCGCCCAAACUCUUCAAGUUUUAGAAAAACAUAAAGCUGAUGUCGUCAGGGUUAAGUGGGCCAGGGAGAACUAUCACCACCACAUCGGCUCGCCUUACUCCUUGCGCUUAGCUUCUGCUGAUGCCAAUGGGAAGAUCAUCGUUUGGGAUGUAGCAGCAGGAGCAGCUCAGUGUGAGAUUCGAGAGCAUGCCCGCCCCAUCCAGGAUGUUCAGUGGUUAUGGAAUCAGGAUGCUUCCCGAGAUUUGCUGCUUGCUAUCCAUCCGCCAAAUUAUAUUGUGCUCUGGAAUGCAGAUACUGGCACCAAACUAUGGAAGAAGAGCUAUGCAGAUAACAUUCUUUCAUUUUCUUUUGACCCUUUUGAUCCCUCACAUCUAACUUUACUCACCAGCGAGGGUAUUGUAUUCAUCUCAGACUUCUCUCCAUCCAAGCCUCCCUCAGGCCCUGGGAAAAAAGUUUACAUAUCCAGCCCACAUUCUAGCCCAGCUCAUAACAAGCUGGCUGCAGCCACAGGGGCAAAGAAGGCUCUUAAUAAAGUAAAAAUUUUAAUCACUCAAGAGAAACCUAGUGCUGAAUUCAUGACUCUCAAUGAUUGUCUUCAGUUGGCAUAUCUGCCUUCCAAAAGGAAUCACAUGUUGUUACUCUAUCCUCGAGAGAUUUUAAUCCUUGACCUUGAGGUGAAUCAAACAGUGGGUGUGAUUGCAAUAGAACGAACAGGAGUUCCAUUUCUGCAGGUAAUACCCUGCUUUCAGCGUGAUGGUUUAUUUUGUCUACAUGAAAAUGGUUGUAUAACUUUACGUGUUCGAAGAUCCUAUAAUAGCGUUUUCACUACUUCAAAUGAGGAACCAGAUCCAGAUCCUGUCCAGGAGCUUGCCUAUGAUCUGCGAAGCCAGUGUGAUGCAAUCAGGGUGACAAAAACUGUCCGUCCCUUCAGUGUGGUGUGCUGUCCUGUCAAUGAGAACGCAGCUGCCCUCAUAGUGAGUGACGGCAGGGUCAUGAUAUGGGAACUGAAGUCUGCUGUUUGCAGUCGAAAUUCCCGGAACAGUGGUUCUGGUGUGUCACCUUUAUAUUCACCAGUGUCUUUCUGUGGAAUUCCUGUAGGAGUGCUACAGAACAAACUCCCGGACCUCUCCUUGGAUAAUAUGAUCGGGCAAAGUGCAAUUGCUGGGGAAGAACAUCCCAAAGGCUCUUUUCUGCAGGAAGUGCACUUGAAAUUCCUGCUGACGGGGCUGCUCUCAGGACUGCCCUCCCCGCAGUUUGCUAUCCGUAUGUGCCCACCAUUGACCACAAAAAACAUCAAGAUGUAUCAGCCACUGCUUGCUGUUGGUACAGGUAACGGUUCUGUCCUGGUGUACCACCUCACCAGUGGGCUACUGCACAAGGAGCUGAGCAUCCACUCAUGUGAAGUCAAGGGUAUUGAGUGGACAAGCUUAACUGGUUUUCUUUCUUUUGCUACCUCAACGCCAAACAAUAUGGGAUUAGUGAGAAAUGAGCUUCAGCUGGUUGAUCUUCCAACAGGGAGGAGUAUCGCUUUUCGUGGUGAACGAGGCAAUGACGAAUCACCCAUUGAAAUGAUCAAAGUAUCUCAUUUGAAGCAAUAUUUGGCAGUUGUAUUCAAAGAUAAACCCCUGGAGUUAUGGGAUGUUAGGACUUGUACCAUUCUUAGAGAAAUGUCCAAAAACUUCCCUGCAAUAACUGCUUUGGAGUGGUCACCAUCGCACAACUUGAAGAGCCUGAGAAAGAAACAGCUGGCCACCCGAGAGGCCAUGGCCCGCCAGACUGUGGUCUCGGAUACAGAGCUGAGCAUUGUUGAGUCUUCUGUGAUCAGCUUAUUGCAGGAGGCAGAAAGUAAAUCUGAACUCAGUCAGAACAUCUCUGCCCGAGAGCAUUUUGUGUUUACUGAUAAUGAUGGCCAAGUUUAUCAUCUCACUGUUGAAGGAAACUCAGUGAAAGACAGUGCUCGGAUUCCACCAGAUGGGAGUAUGGGUAGUAUUACCUGUAUCGCUUGGAAAGGUGAUACAUUAGUUCUCGGAGAUAUGGAUGGAAAUCUAAAUUUCUGGGAUUUGAAAGGCAGAGUAUCCAGAGGGAUACCUACGCACCGAAGUUGGGUGAGGAAGAUUCGUUUUGCCCCUGGUAAAGGAAACCAGAAAUUAAUAGCGAUGUACAAUGAUGGAGUGGAAGUGUGGGAUACGAGAGAGGUUCAGAUGGUGAGCAGUUUAAGAAGCGGAAGAAAUGUGACCUUCCGGAUAUUGGAUGUGGACUGGUGUACAUCAGAUAAAGUGAUCCUGGCCUCAGAUGAUGGGUGUAUCAGAGUCUUGGAGAUGUCUAUGAAGUCUACGUGUUUUAGAAUGGAUGAACAAGAGUUAACUGAGCCUGUGUGGUGCCCAUAUCUUCUCAUUCCAAGGGCCGCCCUCACCUUGAAAGCUUUCUUACUACACCAACCUUGGAAUGGACAGUAUUCCUUGGACAUUUCUCACGUUGACUAUCCAGAAAAUGAAGAAAUAAAGAAUCUCCUUCAAGAGCAGUUGAACUCAUUGUCUAAUGACAUAAAGAAACUCUUGCUUGACCCGGAAUUCAGUCUUCUGCAGAGAUGCCUGCUUGUUUCAAGGCUGUACGGCGAUGAAUCAGAACUGCACUUCUGGACGGUCGCUGCCCACUACCUGCACAGCUUGUCCCAGGCACAGUCAUUGAGCAGCCCAGCUACUAAGAAAGUCACUUCCCGGGACAAAGUGAACAACCCACUGGAUAUAUGUUAUGACCUACUCUGUGAGAAUGCCUAUUUCCAGAAAUUUCAGCUGGAAAGGGUUAAUCUACAGGAAGUGAAACGGUCAACUUAUGAUCAUACAAGGAAAUGUACAGACCAGCUACUCCUCCUGGGUCAGACAGACAGAGCUGUGCAGUUGCUAUUGGAAACAAGUGCAGACAACCAGCAUUAUUAUUGUGAUUCAUUGAAAGCCUGUUUGGUCACAACUGUCACCUCAUCAGGCCCCUCUCAGAGCACCAUUAAACUGGUGGCAACUAAUAUGAUUGCCAACGGCAAGUUGGCAGAGGGUGUUCAGCUGCUCUGCCUGAUAGACAAAGCCGCAGAUGCCUGCCGCUACCUGCAGACGUAUGGCGAGUGGAACCGGGCUGCAUGGCUUGCCAAAGUCCGUUUAAACUCUGAAGAGUGUGCCGAUGUUUUAAAGCGGUGGGUUGACCACCUUUGCUCCCCACAAGUCAACCAGAAGUCGAAGGCCCUGCUGGUCCUCCUGUCCCUGGGCUGCUUUUCCAGUGUGGCCGAGACCCUCCACAGCAUGAGAUACUUCGACAGAGCUGCCUUAUUUGUGGAAGCUUGUCUCAAGUAUGGUGCACUUGAAGUCAGCGAGGACACAGAGAAACUCAUCUCUGCUAUAUACGCAGACUACGCCCGGAGUUUGAAAAACCUCGGCUUUAAAGAGGGAGCAGUUUUUUUUGCUUCAAAAGCUGGUGCUGCUGGCACAGAUUUACUGACAGAGCUGGCAUCCCCCAGCAAGAACCGACCACAGUGUGAUGGGUGAAUGUGUGCCAGGGAAUCUGUCCCUGCAGGGAGGUGGGUCCGGGGGGUGGUCUGGCUGUGGCCACGGUCACAGUGCAUCCGAUGGGGGUGCCAUCCCCUCCGGGUCCUGGUGAGCUGUUCCUCCACUGGUCUAUGGCUGCGUGUGCACAACAGUGCAUGAGCAUUUCCCCUGUUAGGAGUGGGUUCUGCGUCCUAUAUUCAUCUCUGAGAAAAACAGGAACACUUCGGAUUUGGCAAGUGCAUAACAUUUUAUACUUUUGGAGAUGGCUUUAAGAGUCCCUGGAAAUACUUUUAAUUUUUUAAACUUAAAAUUCAAGCAACUGAAUUGCUUUCCUCAUUGACAAAAUUUAAAGAUGUUUGGGAAAUCUACAGUAAAAGUUUGUGAGACCUGUUCUCAAAAAUGUGCUGUGCUUGUGUUGAUGUACAGUCAUUGGAGAUGUGAAGGGAAAUGCAUACAGUGUAGAUGACUUACCAAAGCAUUCCUCAUUUCUUACCUUGGAAACAACUGUUACUCCCUAUCUUAGACAGAUGGUAAAUUUGUCAUUUUAGGCUCAUAGGGAAAGUUUAAGCUUCAUGUUUUGAUGCAUUAUGUGGGGUCUUUGGUAUUCUGAAUUUUAGCUUCUAUGAUGUAUUACAGUAACCUCCUUUUUAAAGCCUCUGUGCUUUAAUUUUGUCUGUGUUCUUCCAACAACUGAAAUAUAUGUGGCUAUUGUAAAUUAUUGCUGAUAAUUUAAAUGUCGGUAACUUACAGAAAUGAUAAAUAAAAAGAAAAUUUCAGCCAA